CACACACUCAGCCGGGGCCGGGCACGCAGCAGCUGCAGCCGCAGAGGAGGAGGAGGAGGAGAGGGGGGGGCGGCGGCGGCUUCCUCCCAGCCGGGGCAGGAGCAGCACAUGGAGAGCAGCGCCCGGCGCGCUGCCUGAGCCUGCCCGCUGCCCUUCCCCAGCUCCCAGCCCUGCCUCCUCUCCUCUCCUCUCCCCGGCGCCCCCGGCCCGGCCCGGCCGGGGCGGCCCGCGUGCUCCCUGCUGGAGGGCGGGAGCGCGUCUCAGUCCCGCGGAGGAGCCGCCGCGCCGCUUGGCAAGAGCACGAGGCAGGCGAGAGGGAGCAGCGCCCCGGGGCAGGAGCCGAUGUGAGGGGAUUUCCUCACAUGUAUUUUUUCCCAAGUCUCUUUGAAUCCUACCUAAUACAAGACUGGGGUUAUGAAGUCGAUCCUAGAUGGCCUCGCAGACACGACUUUCCGAACAAUUACAACAGAUCUUCUUUACAUGGGUUCCAACGAUAUCCAGUACGAAGAUAUUAAAGGUGAUAUGGCCUCCAAACUAGGAUACUACCCACAGAAAUUCCCCUUAUCUUCCUUCAGGGGUGAUCCUUUCCAAGAAAAAAUGACUGCAGGAGAUGAUCCCCUAUUAAGUAUCAUUCCAUCGGAUCAGAUCAAUAUUACAGAUUUUUACAACAAGUCCCUAUCCACUUUCAAGGAUAAUGAGGAGAAUCUACAAUGUGGGGAGAACUUCAUGGAUAUGGAGUGCUUUAUGAUUCUAAACCCCACCCAGCAGCUGGCCAUUGCAGUGCUGUCCCUUACCCUGGGCACCUUCACCGUUCUGGAGAACCUUCUAGUGCUGUGUGUUAUCCUGCACUCUCGAAGCCUCCGGUGCAGGCCCUCCUACCAUUUCAUUGGCAGCUUGGCAGUGGCUGACCUCCUGGGCAGUGUAAUUUUCGUCUACAGUUUUGUUGAUUUCCAUGUUUUCCAUCGAAAAGACAGUCCUAAUGUGUUUCUGUUCAAGUUGGGUGGAGUUACAGCCUCAUUCACUGCCUCAGUAGGCAGCCUUUUCCUUACUGCAAUAGACAGGUACAUAUCUAUACACAGGCCACUAGCUUACAAAAGAAUUGUUACCAGACCAAAGGCUGUCGUAGCAUUCUGUGUGAUGUGGACCAUAGCUAUCGUAAUAGCUGUUCUUCCUCUGCUCGGCUGGAACUGCAAAAAACUCAAUUCUGUUUGUUCAGACAUAUUCCCUCUCAUUGAUGAGACCUAUCUAAUGUUCUGGAUUGGGGUCACCACUGUACUCCUGCUGUUUAUUGUGUAUGCCUAUAUGUACAUAUUGUGGAAGGCUCAUAGUCAUGCUGUUAGAAUGAUUCAGCGUGGCACUCAAAAAAGCAUAAUAAUUCAUACCACAGAGGAUGGUAAAGUACAUAUUACUAGACCUGAUCAAACUCGUAUGGACAUCAGGUUAGCCAAAACCUUGGUCCUUAUUCUGGUGGUUUUAAUCAUAUGCUGGGGUCCUCUACUUGCAAUUAUGGUGUAUGAUGUCUUUGGGAAAAUGAACAAACUCAUCAAGACUGUCUUUGCAUUCUGUAGCAUGCUCUGUUUGAUGAAUUCAACAGUGAAUCCCAUCAUCUAUGCUCUAAGAAGCAAGGACUUGAGACAUGCUUUCCGGAGCAUGUUUCCACCCUGUGAAGGGACUACGCAGCCUCUUGAUAACAGUAUGGAGUCUGACUGCCAGCACAAACAUGCUAACAAUGCAGGUAAUGUUCACAGGGCAGCUGAAAGCUGUAUUAAGAGCACAGUUAAGAUCGCCAAAGUGACCAUGUCUGUCUCCACAGACACAACUGCAGAGGCAUUGUAAAUCAAAGCCCUCUCAACGUUGUAAGAAUAGAAGUUUGUUUUAAACUAACAAAAAAUACAUGACUUACAGCUUUUGUUCCCUCACCUGUAACAUUUAAGUUUGUCAUAAUAAGCUAUACAAUGAUUGUUUUAAGAAUCAUUGCCAUUGGCCAAUCCUCCAAGUUUAACAAUUAGGGAUUCUAACUACUUUAAAAAAAUAAAAGUUUUAAAUUAAAGAAAGUGCUCAUUGAAUAAUAAAGUAUAAAACUCUGGCAGAACGUACAGAAAAUGUCAAACUAGCAACAAUUCCUUCAGAAGUUAUUGAGGGUAGAGUGGAGGAGAAUCUGAAAACUUGUGAAACCUAACUGAAAACUAAAACACCCUAAAGCCAUGUCAUCAAAUAAGAAAAAGCCUUGUAAUCAUAAUGUUGAUUCCAUUGUGAAAUGUAUUAAAUGUCUGUAAGUCAUAGAAGUUUUCAUUUCUUUCCAAAAGCAGCAGUACUAAGUUUUAGAGGUUCUGUAAAAUGUGUUGUGUCCUGUGCAACGUAUACUGUUUUAUUACUUGUUACUGAUAUUUGUCUAACUAAACCAAGUGAUAACGUAAACUUGUGUGGAAAUAAUGUGAAAUAUGUGUUAUGUAAACCCCAUUGAAAAUACCUUCUGUAUUUGAAGCACUCCUAUGAGCUAUUUUGGAAAUUUUACAUGUUUAGUAGGCUUCUGUGGAUUUAGAGGAAAGGCAUUGUACUUCUUCAACUAAAAUUAUUUGACAUUUGAAAUCCCCAUUAAUUUUAACUUUCAUCUGUGUAGAAGAAUAACAGCAACAAGGGAAUAUAGACUAGCACUGCACAGAAAGGAAUGCACUGGUUCAGACUUUUAAAUACCACUACAUUUAUACAUAACAACAUUUAUUGUCUUACGGACUAUGCCUUUCCGGUGGACAUUAUGUAAAUAUGAACGCUAAAAAGAAAAGGUACUGGAUACUGGCUUCUUUAAUUGGCAACUGCUAGCACUGGACCUCUGAAAACAGCAGGCGUCAGAUUCAGUGUAUAAUGUUAUCAUUGUGCAGUUGAUAUAUACUUGAACUGUGCUGUGUUCCAAUAUCCCAGGAUUAAACAGAUUUAAAGCCUGAGAUGCCAAACUCCAGUCUUCACUAAAAAGGAGCAAGUAUUGUCAAAAUUAGACAUUUUUUAUGUUUGAGCGUGCAUAUAAAUAUCUGUGUGUGUGUGUGUGCGCACGCGUGUGUGUACGUAUAGUAAGUAAAUGUGGGUCACAAUAGUAUUACUAAGAUAGGAAACUGUGCCCAAAUGUAAACUAUUUCUUGUUGCACUCUUUGCACAUGAAUUCUGUUCCUAAAAUUGAGUUCUUCCAGCUGAUGAGUGAUGAACAUGCUAAUUGUAAGAUUCAGAACAUACUCGUUGAUCCACAGUGAGAGACUUAUCCAUGUAUUAGAGAAUAGCCUUUUUAGUUUUACUUGAGAACAAGGCAAAAAACAAUCAGGAGGAAAGGGUAAGAGGCAAAAUAUGCCAUGAACAAAAACAGACAACAGAAAAUCAGUAUUUACAGUGUU